AUGACCGAAAUGUCGCCGUGCAGACGAUACGAUGGCUCACUUCCUGUUGGCAUACCCAACGCACGAGGGGAAAGACGAAGAAUCAACGAAGCGGGAGGAGGCAGGACCUUGGGCGUGGCCAAACUUUUGACUGACCCCAAGACGAUACCGCACCUCAUGAAAUGCCUAGCCGGAACGAGAAUUUUCACGAAACCACUCGACCACGACACUGCCGAAUGCUACUCCUCCAGCUUCCCAGAAUGA